AUGAUCAACGUAAGCACAUGUGAAAAUGGGCUUCCAGCGUUCACGUUGGCGGAGAAGAUAAUUUUAUCCACUUGGUAUGGACUCGCAGGAAUGGCAGCCAUGACUGGUAACGCAGUUGUACUGUGUUUAAUAUAUAGAAUUCCUUCGUUGAGAACCACUUCGAACUUUUUUAUAUCCUCGCUGGCGGUAGCGGACCUUUUAGUAGGACUAGUUAUAGCUCCAGUGUGGAUCGUUCUCAGAUGUUGGUACACGGAUGUGCAAAACUAUGGCGAAGCUAUUGACUUCCUUUGGAUUCACACAACGGUGGCUACUACAUUUAACUUAUUGUGUGUCAGUCUGGAUCGAAAUGUUGCUAUAUUCUAUCCUCUACGCUACCAAAACAUUCUCUCUAAAAGAAGGUGUUUUUCAGCAAUAGCAAUAGUUUGGCUUAUGUCCCUGUGUCUUCCCUUCUCGAGGUUCUUGGUAGAUGAUAGCUCAGGCAAUCUGGCCUUAUGGAUGUCAGUUUCAGUGAUUACUAUCUUAGUGCCCAUGAUUAUCAUUUUGCUUUGUUCCGCUCGGAUUUUGAAAGCCACAAACAGACAAUUGAACAGAAUAAUUUAUAUCAACAGUUUGCCUCAUAACCAAGCUGAGGUUAAAAGAGCCAAAACGAACACCAAGGCUUCCAAGACUCUAUUCAUAAUAGUAGGGUUGUUUGUAGUCUCCUGGUUACCAAGUCUAGUCACAUCGUUUGUAAAUUAUUUUACUCAGUCCGGUUACUGCGGUCUCCUUUCCUACUACAACACAGUGUGGUUAUGGGUAGAAGCGGUUGCAUUCACUUCCUCGGGAAUUAACCCAUGGGUAUACUGCUUGCGAAAUAAUGAAUUUUAUCAACAUUUAAGUCGUCACUUUGGAUGGAAUCGAAAUAGGAUACAACCGAAACCG